AGCGUUGAAAUGGGUCGUGGUUGUAUAGUCACGGUCGUACUAGUUUAAUAAUGCUCAACAAAAGAUAUGCCUUUUCAGAGUUGUGAAAUAAGGAAGGAGGCAAUAUUCAACGAAUGAGAUUAUAUUUUUAAUUAGAAUAUUUAAAUAUAGAAAUUUGAGUGACUUGAAAACGAGGAACAAGGAUUUCUUUCUGUGGAGUUGUGAAAGACAUAGUAACUUAACCUGAGCCUGAGGCGAAAUACGAAAUUGUGUUACUGUGUUGGAAAUUGACUAUUUGGUGUUACCAGAAAAUAUAUUACGAUGAGUGAAUUGACCCCUGAAGAGCUUCGUAAACGGAGACUAGCGAGACUUAUUGGAACAACUGAAACUCAAGAGAAUCAGCCAGCUAGCACCAGUAGUCAGGAAGGACUGCAACAAGCUAGCUCUCCAGAUGAACAGAAGGAAACACCACAUACAAGCACUUCUCAGCAGUCUCAGGUUCAGGUAUGUCGUGAACAGACAGCUGAGGAUGAUGAGAAAAAAAAGGUGGCACCUUCCAUACCAUCAACUCUAGGUGGUAUGAAUGAACGAGAGAAGGGGACAUUUUCAGAACACAUCUCGGGUUCAAAGGAAGACAAAUAUCAGAUUGGUGCAGGUAUCCAGUACCACAAGACUUUGGCUAUUGAUCCUCAGACAGUAGAAAGUCAGAUCAUGGACACAGAUGAUUCUUGUGAAAAAAGCUCUCUUUCCCAAGUUGAUGUGGAUUCUGGAAUUGAAAACAUGGAAGUGGAUGAGGUGGAAAGGAAAGAGUCUGUCAAAAGACAAAGGAAGGACAGUAGUAUCAGCUGCGAUUUAACUGAGGAGCAAGUUCACUCAACUGUGAGUCGAAUUUUAAGAGUUUCAUGGAAAGAAGAUAUUCCAGAUACUGUGUAUUUACCAGCAGUGAUGGAACAAGAUGAGGAAACAGCCUACCAAGAUCUAAUCCAACAGCUUCUGAUGGAAGCUCUGCAACUGUUUAUUGCUCAAGAUGAGAAUCUCAUACCUGUACUUCAAGACAUGAAGUGUUCAUCUCCUCACCUAAAUGGUGAAAACAGACAUUCUAGCAUGUCUCGUAGUCCACUCCAAUCUCCAUCAGCAACACCUACUCCAACUGUUCACCUUGAAAACUUAGCUCUCACAAAAGUGGAAGACUGUGUAGAGUCUUUCAUGUUGAACUAUCUUAUGGACUGCUAUUCACGAGUUGGGAUAGAAGAACGAGGUGCUCCUAAGCGGACCAGUGUACCACCUUUAAGUGAUAUUUUGACACAGAUUAGAUCACAAUGUGUCCAGUUCACACUCUUAGUGAUUCAGGGUCAGCUUACGACUCUCAGGCCCAGCUGUAAGCCAUCUUUACUGCUGCCAGUUUUAUUUUCUCAAGGGUUUCCUCGUGGAUUUCUCCCAGAGAUGGUGUGUGUAGCUGCACAAGAUCCAUCAACAUUAACCUCUGUUUUCUCUCCUCUGCUUGAAGGCCUCUAUCAUGUCAUGAGACAGUGUUCUCUUGACAGUGAUGGUUUUAGACAACCUUUACAGGCAUUGACUGAGCUUUGUGAAGUGCGGUGUGGACCAGGGAACAAUAGACCCAUAUGUAACCUGGUUGUAACAAAUCGUCUUUGGAUGUGGGAAGGACUUUCUCAAGCUACUGGUAGAGAAUUGUCUAAACUUUGUUUCAUGGGACCAUUUUUGAAUCUCUCUGUUUUUGCUGAAGAUAAUCCCAAAAUUGUAGAUAAGUACUUCUCGGGAAGCACACUUACUGCCGAUAACACCAGACUUAUCAAUCAGUCUUUACAACACCACUUGGAGUUUUCUAGGAAUGAACUCUUCCGUGUGUUCCAUGCAAUUUUAGUUAACAGUAGUAGUCGAGAUGCCGCCUUGGAAUUCCUCACAGUAGCAUUGAAAACUAAUGAAAAGAGAGCUCAACUUCAGAGUAAUGAACGACUUGUGGCUGGUGAUGGUUUUAUGUUAAAUCUCCUUUCUGUAUUCCAACACCUGUGCGUAAAAGUGAAACUGGACAAGGUUGACCCUUUCUAUCCAUACCAUUCCAAGGCCAGAAUAAGUAUAUCUGGAGAAACAAGAUUAAAAUUGACCACCCAGGAAGCCAAUUCGUGGGUUGAGAGCCAAAACGAGAGCAACAUCUGGAUAGACCCAAAAUUCCCAACUGAAUGCUUCUUUCUCACACUUCACUUUCAUCAUAUUUCUAUCAUUCCUUCCAUUACCAAGUACACACGUCGAAUCAGAGCAAUCCGAGAUCUUCAUAGAUUAGUAGAAGAGCUUCAAAAUGCUGAAUCUUUGUGGCGCCACCUUCCUACUGCUGAGAGAAAUAGACAGCUAAUGAAAAAGUGGAAAUCUCAAGCAAAGAAACUAAGCAAAAGCAAAGCCUGUGCAGAUGCAGGGCUUUUGGAUCCUGUCUUGCUUAGGAGAUGUCUUCAGUUUUAUAACAAUGUUAUGGGCUUGAUGAUACGGGUGAUUUGUGAAUUAUCUGGGCCUAACCUACCUCUUCCUGUUGCCAUACCCAAUGUUUUUGCGGCUUAUCCAGAUUGGUAUAUUGAAGAUAUAGCAGACUUCUUACUUUUUGUCAUACAGUACCAACCCCAAGUAGCAGAAACACAGGUAGGAGAGGAGUUGUUGACUGCUAUGAUCCUAUUGGUGUGUUCUCCUCAGUACAUAGCUAACCCUUAUUUGGUGGCUAAGUUGGUGGAAGUGAUGUUCCUAGCCAGUUCCAACAUUCAACCCUAUACCCCAACUCUGCAUGCACGAAUCUUGUCCCAUCCUUUAGCUGAACAACAUCUUGCCUUGGCACUGAUGAAUUUCUACACAGAUGUAGAAACAACAGGAGCAAGUAGCGAGUUCUACGAUAAAUUCACCAUAAGAUACCAUAUCAGUAUCAUUUUUAAAUCUCUUUGGUCCAAUCCAGUCCAUAAACAAGCUGUUAUCCUUGAGUCAAAUGUAGGGAAACAGUUUGUAAAGUUCAUUAAUAUGUUGAUGAAUGACACAACUUUCUUGCUUGAUGAGAGUCUUGAGUCUUUAAAACGAAUUCAUGAAGUCCAGGAAGCGAUGGAGGAUAAAGAAUCUUGGAACCAACAAACUGAGGAAGCCACACAGUCCAGACAAAGACAGUUGGCCAUUGAUGAAAGGCAGUGCCGUUCCUACCUCACUUUAGCUCAAGAAACGGUUGAUAUGUUUCAUUACUUGACGAAAGAAAUUGUUCAACCAUUUUUAAAACCAGAGGUAGUAGAUAGACUUGCAGCCAUGUUAAACUUCAACCUCAAGCAGCUAUGUGGGCCCAAGUGUAAAAAUCUGAAGGUCAAGAAUCCAGAUAAAUAUGGCUGGGAACCCCGACGUCUGCUUGACCAACUUACUGAUAUAUAUUUGCAUUUAGAUUGUGACGAAUUUUGUCAUGCAUUGGCUUCUGAUGAGCGUUCAUAUCAACCUGAAUUGUUUGAAGAUGCUGUUGCAAGAAUGAAAAAGGCCAUGAUUAAGACAGAACUUCAGAUCGCACAGUUUGAACAGUUGUCUAAUAGAGUCCAAGAGUUCGUUAUUCUUAACAAGAAGUUGGAUCUAGAUUUUACCAAUGCUCCCGAGGAGUUUAAAGAUCCCCUUAUGGACACACUAAUGGAGGAUCCUGUUGUUCUUCCAAGUGGAAAUAUCAUGGAUCGUGCUGUAAUUAUACGUCAUCUGCUCAAUUCUAGCACAGAUCCUUUCAACAGGCAACAUUUAACUGAAGAUAUGUUAGAACCAGCCUUAGAGUUAAAACAGAGGAUUCAGGAAUGGAAGAAAGCUAGAAUGAACCAGGUCCAGCAGUCCAGUCAACAGUAGAGAGAGAGAGAGAGACUGACUAUCACAAGUGUUAUGUAGUAAAGGAUGUAACUACAGUGCCUGUGAUGUUAUUUUCAUGUAGAAUGAGGUGUUUUUUUUUUGUAUGGGAAUACUGUUCAAAUACUGGUUCAAAAUUUUGUGAUGUCUUUUUUUUUUAAAUCCAUUUUACAACAACUGUUAGAAAGUAAAAAGCGUAAUAUUUGAAAUGCCAGUUGACCUUAUCUUUACAAACUUAGGAUGAGCAUUGAUUAGUUUUAUGAACUAUACUGCUUGUACGAGGUGAGAUAUGAAAGUCAAUUUUGGAUGCAUGCCUAGGAUCAUUAUGAUUUUCAUCAAUGAGGCAGUUUUAAGCCUUUAUAUUUUUGUUCCGACCGCUCAGUUCAUAGUUUACACAAUUUGCAUACUCAAACAAAAGUCUUGAGGAAAGUAUUUUCAUUCAAUAAUAUCACAGGUUUUGCUUAAUAGAUGGAAAGAAGAACACAACUUUAAGUAGAAAUCCAGCAAAUGCUCUAAUAUUUUUAUAAUAUUUCUGGAAACAUUUGAGGUUAGGAUAAAGCAGUUGAUUAUAAUGGAACGUUAAUGUGCAGUAGUGAUAUUAAGUAAGUUCAUUUGAAAAUCAUUAAAUAACUAACUGUCAUGUUUUUUUGAGUUCUGUUGCUGCUGGAUGCAGUGUAUUAAGCAUAUUUUAUAAACAGAGGGAAAAAAUCAAGUUGACAUCUCGUUGUACAUCAAAAUAUGCCUGAAACCAGUCAACAGAAUUUUUACGAGUAAUCAGGAUUAGCUUAUCUAAAACAGUAACACUUUACAGACACUGGGUUGGUGGUUUGGAAAUACGGUUGAAUUGUUAGAGCUUUUAUACUUUGGUCUUUUGAUUAUGUAAACCCAAACCGUGGAACAACAUUACAUGUAAAGAUUCCAAAAUUGUUAGAAUCUGCACUGUUUGUAAUUACGAUCCCUUAACGUUCAGUUUAGUCACAUAUCUUUCGUUUGAAUAUUCCAAUUCAGUUAUGGAAGGUAAAUAUAUUCAUUUCAAACAUUACAAAUACAACAUAAUUUUGUAAAAUAUGCUAAAACGACACCGUGUGUAUUCGCUCAUUUUUAAAAAUCUCCCUCCAGUGUAAACUUAAUAGAAACCACAGAAUACAGACCUGAUACAUAGUUUUUCCUUUUAUCUAAAACCUUAAUUAAAAACGUCAAUUACAACAUUAUAGUUCAAACCAUUAUAACAUUGUCAGGUUCUGUUGUUGGCAUCUUUUUUACUACUUUUAUUGACUUAAAAGAUAACAUUGUCCAUCUUAAUUUGUUUCACCGAUUGAGGUAAUUUAAAUUAACAUGAACUUCCAAAAGGUAACCAAUUUUAAUGGUAUGAAAGAAAAUUUUCAUUUUUUUUCUUGUAUAAUAUAGACUUGUGCAAUAGUUUUCCUGAUUGAUUUAAGAAUUGAGUUUAGAUUCACUCUCGAAAUAUGUGUGGUUUCUGUGUACUUAUUCUUUUGAAAUCAAACUUUCGUGAUUUUACAAAACCAAGUUAAGUAACAGUUUACUUGUUUCUUAAAAAAAAAAAAGACAUGUGCAAAGAGUUUCUUGAAUAACAUAAAGUACAGGAUUAAUGUCUUAAAUAAAUUGUCUUAUUGCGACUAAUCUCUUAAAACAAGCUGUAGGGUCAAAUCUGGAAGCUCUCGUUUUUUUAUGUACCUAAAUGUCCCCUUCUAGUGUAAAAAGUUCACAAAUGAACUCCGGAAUACUGUUAAACGUUGAAAUAAAUGAUAAGUCUAGAA